ACAAGAAAAACUGUCAAUACACCUUCUUCGAGGUUAAUUUUAAUAUCGUCAGUGCAGACUCACAAGAAUUCAUUGCAACAAUGAAUUUCUUGGCACAAUUAAAACUAUUUUGCCGAAAUAGUGGCCUUCAUCUCAUCAAAUCAUAUUCGUCAAAAACAGCAACCGGUCAUUUAUCACUGGUGGACAAAAUUGCACUCACCGACGAUGGGAAAACUUUCGUUGCCUGGCAUCCGACCAAGGAGUUUCCGUAUGAAUUUACACGGCCGAUACCCGUCAGCGAGCAACGUGAUCGAUCAGCGGUUAUCAAAGAAAGUGCAUUAAACACAGCCAUGCAGGCAUUUCACAAUAAACAUCCGGUUCUGGCUCGCCAGGAAUUAGAACGAAUUACGUUCACAACGAAGCAUCGCUGGUUUCCACGGGCUAGAGACAAGAAAGCCAAGAAAACGCCAAUGGAUCGACCGUAUUUGUAGUUUCCUUUGUUUAAAUUCAAUAAAAUUGUGUAGCAAUAUUUA